AUCACUACAUGUAAUACAAAGUCCCUCGUCUGUGUAUCUGUUUGUGUGUUCGCGACAAACUCAGAAACUACUAAAUGGAUUUUCAUGCGUUUAUCGCCUAUGAGUAGAGUGAUUCUUAUAAAAGGUUUACCUAGAUAAUGUUCCUCUACAUAUGGAUACCAGCCCUCGUAGCGGCAAUAUAUCUAUACUGUCGACAAAUAUACUCAAGGUUCAGCAAAUAUGGCGUCAAAAACCUGAAACCAGUUCCUUUCUUGGGAAACAUGAGUUCCGUCAUACUUAGGACUAAAAGCUUCGUUGAUGUUGUUGAUGAGCUAUAUGCCGAAUUCCCUGAAGAACGGUUUGUAGGCAAUUUCGAGUUUAUAAAGCCGGUAAUAUUCAUUAGAGAUAUCGAACUCAUCAAGAAGGUUACCGUUAAGGACUUCGAGUACUUCCUCGAUCAUCGCACGUUUGUCAGCGAAGAUAUCGACCCUUUAUUUGGAAGAAACUUGUUCUCUUUAAAAGGUCAAGAAUGGAAGGACAUGCGUUCAACGUUGAGCCCGGCAUUCACGAGCUUGAAGAUGAAACACAUGCUCCCAUUCAUCGUCGAAGUGGGCAAUCAGAUGGUCAUCUCACUGGACAGGCAGUUGAAGGAAUCAAAAAGAGGUUACAUAGACAUUGAAACCAAAGACCUGGCAACCUACUAUGCAAAUGACGUCAUCGCUUCAUGUGCCUUCGGUCUAAAAGUAGACUCUCAUCUCGAACCCGGAAACCAGUUCUAUAAAAUGGGUUACAAGGCUUCUAACUUCACCUUUAUCGCAAUUCUAAAGUUUUUUGGAUAUUCCUCCUUUCCAUGGCUUAUGAAGUUGAUAAAGGUCAAUCUCUUCUCAGAAGACGUGACAAAUUUCUUCCAACACUUAGUUCUGAACACGAUGAAAGACCGUGAAGUCCACAAUAUUCUACGACCCGACAUGAUACAUCUCCUGAUGGAAGCCAAAAAAGGUCAGCUCGUUCAUGAAGAAAAAAACGGUAAUGAUGCUGGUGCAGGAUUUGCUACAGUACAAGAGUCUGAUGUCGGCAAGAAGACUAUUGAUAGAGCCUGGUCAGACAUAGACCUGAUUGCACAAGCAGUGCUUUUCUUCAUUGCUGGCUUCGAAACCGUGUCUACAGCAAUGACCUUCCUUCUUUACGAGCUGGCCCUUAAUCCUGAUGUUCAGGACAGGCUGGCUGAGGAAGUGAGGGAGCACGGUAAAAAGAGUGGCGGCAAGUUUGACUACAACUCUAUUCAGAAUAUGGUUUAUAUGGACAUGGUGGUUUCAGAAUCUUUGCGACUAUGGCCUCCGGCUGUUGCAACGGAUCGAGUUUGCACAAAGGACUACAAUUUGGGCAGACCCAACGACAAAUCUACACAAGAUUUUAUUUUGAAAAAAGGCGAAGGCCUCAACGUACCAAUAGUUGCGAUUCAUCGUGACCCCAAAUACUUUAAAAAUCCCUUGAAAUUUGACCCUGAGCGUUUCUCUGAAGAGAACAAGCAUACGAUCCAGCCCUUCACUUAUAUGCCUUUUGGUCUGGGCCCAAGAAACUGUAUCGGGUCCCGGUUCGCGCUAUGUGAAGUGAAGGUCAUGGCAUACCAGCUGGUUCAGAGGUACGAGCUGCUGCCGUGCGAAAGAACCACCAUCCCCUGUGAACUGGCGAAGGACAACUUCAACCUUAGGAUUAAAGGAGGACAUUGGCUGAGGCUGAAACCGAGGACUUAGACUUAUAAAAUAUGAUAAAGUAGAUAAGAUAUAGUAACGUAAGCUACUUAAGAGAAGUACUAUCCAAACUAGGCAUAGUGACUUUUGAGAUCAUAAUGAACAACUUUCAUUAACUAUGGGAUUAAUGCUUAAAUCGCAUAAUGCCGCUCAUUGGUUUGGAACAACCAAUUUUGUUUUGCGAUUUCAGCAUUGGUCCCAUAAUAAAAUCUUAUACUUUUAAACGAGCAAUUCUUGUAUAUUUAUUUAUUUA